AUGACUUCUCUUCUAGCCACAGCAGUUCACUUUUUGAUCCUAACUCAAUGGCUAACACAACAGGUGACCGGCCGGGUACAACCAGCUCAAUCAUGUCGGCUAGACAUGGCUGAAGAUGCAUUUGAUGAUCAGUAUGUGGGCUGUAUUAAAGAAAUGGAGGCAAAAGCACCCCAGCUGUUAGAAGAAGAACUUAAAGUGAAUAAAAAUUUAAGCAGAGACUGGAAAGAGGCAAAGAUAGAAUGGGAGAAAAUAAAGAACAAAAUAGACUCUUCAAAACGACUCAGUGAUUUCCAUGGAAUAGCUCUAGUAACCUAUACUGGAAAUAUUUCAACAGAAUUUAACAAAGCUGUAAGAAACUUCCGUCACAAUGCAGAUAAGUUUCAGUUCAAAGCCUUCCAUUAUUAUUUGACAAGAGCUCUUCAGCUUCUCACGCCAGAAAAGAAAACGUGUUAUACAGUUUAUAGAGGUUGUAAGACAACGUUUGAUUACAGUGGGAAAGGACAUGUACGUUUUGGCCAAUUUGCCUCAUCAUCUCUCUCUAAAGAUGUAGCUAAAGAUUUUAUGGGAAAUUUUAAGGGAACUCUGUUUACCAUCAAAACCUGCUCGGGUGUUAAAAUUAAAAAGUUCUCUUUCUAUCCAUAUGAAGAGGAAGUGUUAAUUCCAGGCUAUGAAGAGUACCAGGAAGUCAUCAAAAAUAACAAUGACAUUUCACUUACCGAGCCCAAAAUAUCUAAGAGUAACUACAAUUGUUUCUAUAUCAACAGCUCAGGAAUGAAAGAAAGUUCUGCAUUCAUUCUGCUGCUGCCUGGCCUCCUGGCCCUGCUGCUCCUCCCUGCUGAGCUGUAA